AUGAAGAGGAGACUGACACUCUCCGAGAUGCAGUUGGUUCUUCUCGUUUUAUUGGUGUGGGAGCCAACAAGAUCAGUGCUGGCUGACUCCCAGGAAGAUGAAGCCAAGAACAAUAUUACCAUCUUUACAAGAAUUUUGGACAGACUUCUGGAUGGUUAUGAUAAUCGUCUUAGACCUGGAUUAGGAGAUAGUAUAACGGAAGUCUUCACUAACAUCUAUGUGACCAGUUUUGGACCUGUUUCAGACACAGACAUGGAGUACACUAUAGAUGUCUUUUUCCGUCAAAAAUGGAAAGAUGAAAGAUUAAAGUUUAAAGGCCCGAUGAACAUACUUCGACUGAACAACUUAAUGGCCAGCAAAAUCUGGACCCCAGAUACAUUCUUUCAUAAUGGAAAGAAGUCAGUAGCUCAUAACAUGACAAUGCCUAAUAAAUUGCUACGAAUCCAGGAUGAUGGAACUCUCUUGUAUACCAUGAGGCUUACAGUCCAAGCUGAAUGUCCAAUGCACUUGGAGGACUUUCCUAUGGAUGCUCAUUCAUGCCCUUUGAAAUUUGGCAGCUAUGCAUACACAACUUCAGAAGUGACCUACAUUUGGACUUAUAAUGCAUCUGAUUCAGUACAGGUGGCAGAAGAUGGCUCUAGGCUGAAUCAAUAUGAUCUUUUAGGCCAAACUAUUGGAAAGGAGACAGUUAAAUCAAGCACAGGUGAAUAUACAGUAAUGACAGCUCAUUUUCACUUGAAGAGAAAAAUCGGUUAUUUUGUGAUUCAAACUUACCUCCCCUGCAUCAUGACAGUCAUUCUUUCCCAAGUGUCAUUUUGGCUAAACCGAGAGUCUGUACCUGCAAGGACAGUCUUUGGAGUAACAACUGUACUUACAAUGACAACACUGAGCAUCAGUGCUCGAAACUCUCUCCCAAAAGUAGCUUAUGCAACAGCUAUGGAUUGGUUUAUUGCUGUUUGUUAUGCUUUUGUAUUCUCUGCAUUGAUAGAAUUUGCCACUGUAAAUUACUUCACAAAAAGAGGAUGGGCUUGGGAUGGAAAAAGUGUAGUCAAUGAUAAGAAAAAAGAAAAAGCAUCCGUCAUUAAGAAAAAUAAUGCUUAUGCAGUGGCUGUUGCCAAUUAUGCUCCAAAUAUUACCAAGGACUCGGUUCUACCAACAAUCUCCAAGAGUGCUACAACUGCAGAACCCAACAAGGCAAAACCAGAAGCCAAGCCACAGGAAGCAAAGAAAACAUUCAACAGUGUUAGCAAAAUUGACAGAAUGUCCAGAAUAGUGUUUCCAGUCUUAUUUGGUACUUUUAACCUAGUGUACUGGGCUACAUAUUUAAAUAGAGAACCUGUCCUACUUGGCUUUGCCCCAUCAACCUAAAAGCCAAAUUGCACUGGGGGUGUAUAGCAUCAUUAUAAUCAGAUAGGUUGGUUUCCUAUGUACAGUACGACUAAUAACUGCUAAUCUGUGAACCAAUAUGUACAGAGUGUAUAUAGAUAGCUUAUCUGUGUAUCUCCAAAGGAGGCACACUGUUUAUUCAUGGGAUUUGUAAACAGAUAGCACCCAUGGCAAAUAUAGCGAGCUCUUUAAAAGU